UGAAGAAAAUGUCAUUUGCUGCUCAGUACACCAAAAAGUUUAUUCUCAAUAAGACAGGCCAAGCAAAAGCCCCAACCAAAUGUCAGAGAUGUUUAGAGACUGGUCAUUGGACGUAUGAGUGCAAGAAUGAACGCAAGUAUGUAAAACGGGAGCCAAGGAGUAAACAAGUUGACAAAGGUCCUCCAAAAACCUUAGAGAUUCCAAAGAAAGAAAAGAAGGUUGUCAUAAGCUCAGAGAGUUCAUUAUCUUCAGAUUCAGAGGAUGAUAAUGAAAAGGUGAGCAAGACUAAAAAGCUAUCAAACUUAAUAUCCAAUAAGUUGCAGACAGGGGCUGAUUUGAAAGAGAAAUCUGACUCCUCAUCUUCCCCAUCCCCUUCUAAAAGAAACACUGAAUCUCCUGUAACAUUCACAGAAAGAUCAGCUAGAAAAUCCCCUCAGUCCAAACCUAAGAAAAAAUCUUAUUCAAGGAAAUCUUCUUCCCCAUCCAUAUCCCCUUCUAGAAGACAAUCUCCUGAAAAAGUUGAUGAUGCAUUGCCUGAGUCCAACUCUUAUAAAAGAUCUUACUCAAGGAAAUCAAGAGUUACAAGAUCUGUAUCACCAGACCCUCAAUCUCCUGCAAAUUUAAAAAUAAAAGACACAUCAUCUAGGAAAUCCCCAAAGUCAAACUAUAAUAAAAAAUCUUACUCAAGGAAAUCAAGAGUAACCAAACCUGUAUCAUCAGACUCCGAAUCAGAUUCGUCAAUUUCCUCAGCUGAAGAAAGAUCUCACAGGAGAAAAAAGUCGAGGAAAACAAAGCGAUCUAGUUCAGAAUAAGACAAUGGAAUCUGCUAUACUGUGCUGUUCAAUCCUCCUUGGUAGAGUUAUGUCUGUAUUGCUCAUUGAUGCUGCAGGAAGUGCUUGUGUUCAUUUCGUGGUGACAUGCCUGCUAAAUCUUUGUUUAACUGACAGUAGAAUCCACAGUGAGGGAGAAGUCUCCAUUGAGUUGUAAUUAGAAAAGAAUAACUUUUUCACUUGUGAUGAUUGCUUUAACUAGUAUUAUUUUAAAUAUUAUUAUUUACGCUGCCUGACUGAUAUCAACUGUUGUGAUAAUAAUAUUAAAUGGACAGCUGGUGUACUUAUCAUACGACUUUUAAAAUGUGUAAAGCAUAUUGAAUUACUGUGUUUUGCUCACUACUCAGGUUCACUUAAAUGAAUGAUAAAACAACAGCAGUUAAUAAUAAGUACAGCAUUGUGCUAUGCUGGACAGAUGUUCAUCCCAAUAUUUUCAUUUUCCAUAGUUUCAAACAGCUGUGUUGUAUAUUUUACAAAA